AUGUUGGCGCCCAAGAUUCUUGUUGCCGCGGCGCUCGCGCUCCUCGUGUCGGCCGACGAUGCCAACAACCAGCUCGUGACGGACCUCGACAAUGGGUUCGAUAUGAACAUCCUGCGUGAGAUCCAUGGCGACGACGACGUCGACCUCUCCAACCGCUUUGGCUCCGACACCAAGCAAGACCUCUGGUUCACGGGCGCGAUCCUCGACCACAAGAACCCGAGCGCCGGCAACUGGAGCCAGCGCUACCACUACAACGACGAGUGGUAUGGCGGUCCCGGGUCGCCUGUCUUUCUCUACAUCAACGGCGAGUGGGAGGCGAAAGCGCAAACCGUCGCGUCGUCCCGCUCCACGAUGAACGACUUGGCCAAGAAGCACAAGGCCAUGGUCGUCGCUGUCGAGCACCGGUACUAUGGCGACUCGAUCCCGAACGGCGACCGGUCCAAGGCCGCGAUGCAAAAGUAUCUGUCGUCGGACGCCGCGCUCGCCGAUCUGGCGACGUUCCACGCCUUCUUCACCGAGAAGCACAACCUCCAAGGCGCGGCCUGGAUCGCGUGGGGCUACUCGUACGCCGGCAUGCUCUCGUCGUGGUUCAAGCUCAAGUACCCGUCCUUGGUUGCAGGCGCUGUCGCGUCGUCGGCGCCGGUGCAAGCCCAGGUCGACAUGAAGGAGUACCUCGAAGGCGUGACGCGCGGCCUCAAGCACUAUGGCGGCCAAGAGUGCGUUGACAACGUCAAGUCGGCAAUGGACUCGCUCCACGCGCUCGUUGAGGCGGACAGCGACGAGCUCUACGACAGCUUUGGUAUUUGUUCCAAGCUCUCGACGCAGCGCAACAAGUACCGCUUCGAGUGGAUGAUGGCGCACGAGUUCAAGGCCAUGGCGCAGUACAAGGUACACAACGGUCGCUCGCUCGCCACGGCCUGCACCGUGCUCAAGAACCCGAGCUUUGGCGCCACGCCGCUGGACCGUCUCAGCAAGCUGUACAUGACGGCGGCCAAGGCGUGCCCGACCAAGUCGCCCAAGCCGACGCCGGCGCCAUCGACCAAGAAGCCGUCGCCGACCACCGACGACGACCGUCCGAUCUGGGGCCGCCAGCUCAAGCAAGCAGCUGACAACCAGUUUGGUCAGUGGGGUUACCAGACAUGCAACGAGUUUGGUUUUCUCCAGACGGCGACGACGGGCGUGAGCUCGCCGUUCCGCGGCCUUGGGUUCCUCACGCCCGAGAACGUUCUGGCGUCGUCGACCUGCGCAGCAUUCGGCAUCAACGCGGCCAAGCUCCAAGCCAAUGUCGACGCGACUAACGCCAAGAACGGCGGCUGGGACAUUGACGUCGAGAACGUCAUCUUUACGAACGGCGCGAUCGACCCGUGGGCUGGGCUCAGCGUCACGAAGCAGCCCAAGAACCCCAAGUCCAAGUACAUUGUCAUUGAAGGCGCGACGCACUGCGAAGACACGUACCUUGCCAACGGCGACGGCCCGAUGAAGGACGCGAUCAAGGUGAUUGGCGACGCAGUGGCCGAGUUUUUGGCCGACGCAGCCAAGACGCCCGCACCGACGCCGGCGCCGACGACCAAGUUGACACCCGUUCCAACGAUGAUGCCAGUGACAACUGCCCCGACACCAGAUAGCAUGUGCCCGCCGAUGGAGAUGGACACGGAUUACUACGGCAACGACAUUGCGGCGAUUCGGCGCGCGUCGGCCGACAGCUGCUGCGCUGACUGCAAGGCGACGCCGGGCUGCAAGCUCUACGUCUGGAACCUCCACAACGGAGGCACGUGCUGGCUCAAGAGUAAGAAGGGUGCUCGCACAACGUACUACGGUGCCAAGGCCGGCGUCAUCGACGCGCCUGCCAACGAUAACUGCCCGCCAAUGGAGCACAACACCGACUACUACGGCAACGACAUUGCGUCCGUGCCCCGCAAGUCGGCCGACGACUGCUGCGCCGACUGCCGGAAGACCCCUGGCUGCAAGGUGUACGUCUGGAACCUCCACAACGGCGGCACGUGCUGGUUGAAGUCCAAGAAGGGGACACGGUCGACGUACCACGGGGCGAUGGUCGGUGUCGUCGAUGCGGCCCCGACGACCUGUGCGAUCGAAGCCAACAUCGACUACUACGGCAACGACGUGGCAGCGAUUCCGCGCGCGUCGUCGGACGACUGCUGCGGUGACUGCCAUGCGACGGCCGGGUGCUCCGUGUGGGUCUGGAACCGUCACAACGGCGGGACGUGCUGGCUCAAGAGCAAGAAGGGCAACCGGUCCGUGUACCACGGCGCCAUUGCGGGCUCGAUCCAAGCCUAA